UUACUUCGUGGUCGAUCUUCAAGCUCUUUCUUCCAUAUCCUUUCUCCAGUCUCCUGUUGUAGCAUGGGAGGAGGAACUGCCAACCUCCCACCUGGCUUUCGCUUCUUCCCCUCCGAUGAAGAGCUCAUCGUCCAUUUCCUCUACCGCAAGGCUGCUGUCCUUCACUGCGAGCCUGGUGUCAUCCCCAGCAUCGAUCUCCAUGAAUGUAAAGCUCUUCAAGGAGGUGACCGAUUCUGGUGCUUCUUCACAAGGAGAAAGCAAAACAGAGCCGAUAAGAUCAUAAUAUGCAGUAAUAAGGAUGCUGCUAUGAAGAAAACUCUCAGGUAUUAUUACAUUGGCCAACCUCCGGAGGGUAUCAAGACCAACAGGGUAAUGCAUCGGUACCAUUUACUGGAUGGCAUUCUCGGUUCUAGUCCUAGUGGAGGAAGCUCAAGCAGCACCAGUACCAGAGGGAAGAGACGACGAGCAGUAUGUACGUACUACUAUCACCAGCUCACAGGCGAGCUUUCGUGGCUCGAAGAGGUAUUCCUAUCCCUGGAUGAUCUCGAUGAAGUAUGCUUGCCAAAUUAAGACAGCAAUACCUUAAACCUUCAAUGAGGUGCAGUGUCAUGUACGCACUUACUCUACCAAUAAAUCCACACUUCUCUGUUA